ACAGGUAGGAAAGUACGCAUUUCUUGUAUUAAUAACAUAUACCGGAAGUUACGGAUGUCCUCCAGAUGGAUUUAGCGGCUCCGUGCGUCGAGCCCUAUGGGGGGGGGGGGGCACUUUGGGAUCAAUUUAUAGGCUUCAUCCUCAACUGCAAUUUCUUGAGCAGAGCUGUUGCCAAACCAAGCUGAGAUGCAUCCAGAUCAGAUGCUUUCUGAUGUGCAUCUAUAGUAGUUAGUAAGAGUCGUUGGAGACAGACCAAACUUCAUUGACCUCAGAAGAAGUUGAAGCAUCGGCAUUUAAAAGACAUCUGGGCAGCUGGGAUCCCUCUUGCACGUCCGAACAUCUUUCACACCGAUAGCUUCUGGGUCUGGAUUGGAUUAUGCCGUCUGAAAUGUGCUUCAGCAUUCAAGAAAUGCUAACGGGUCACAGGCUUUGCCAAUCAAAGGCUCACAAGGAUGCUGUCCUGGCAGCUCUGAAUCAGCAGAGGAUUGAUGGGAUACUCUGUGAUGUCAUCCUGGUUGCUGAGGAUCAAAAAUUCCAUGCCCACAAGGCAGUGCUGGCAGCGUGCAGUGAUUAUUUCAGGGCCAUGUUUAGUCUCUGUAUGGUGGAAAGUGUUGCUGAAGAAGUGAACCUACAUGGGGUAACCGGCCUGGGCUUGAAACAGGCGCUGGAGUUUGCAUAUACAGGACAGAUCUUACUGGAACCGAGUAUAAUCCAAGACGUUCUUGCUGCAGGAAGUCACCUUCAAUUACUGGAGCUCCUGAAACUCUGUUCUCACUACCUAAUCCAGGAGCUGACUAGUUUCAAUUAUUUGGACUUGUAUAAACUUGCUGACCUAUUUAACCUUACACUGCUGGAAGAAGCAGUGGUGAGCUUCCUGGUCAAACACCUUUCUGAACUACUGAAGAACCAUGCAGAAAAGGUCAUGACUCUUCCCUACAGGCUGCUUCGAGAGGUUUUAAAGAGUGACCGUCUGACUUCGCUGAGUGAGGAACAGAUAUGGCAGCUGGCAGUGAGGUGGUUGGAACAUGGUUGUCGUUAUCAGUACAUGGAUGAACUCUUAGAGUACAUACGGUUCGGUCUAAUGGAUGUGAAUACACUUCACGCUGUGGCCCUGUCUCACCCUCUAGUACAGGCCAGUGAAAGAGCCACAGCUUUCGUUACUGAGUCGUUGGAGUACCACCAGAGUAUCUAUGCACAGCCCAUAUGGCAAACCAUCAGGACACGGCCUCGUUUCCAGUCAAAAACACUUUAUAUUGUAGGCGGUAAGAAACGUGAGAUUUGCAAAGUGAGAGACCUGCGGUAUUUUAACCCAGUGAACCAGGAGAACGUUCACAUUGCUGGUAUUUCAAACUGGAGUGAGCUAUCUCCAAUGCCCAUCGGGAGAAGCCAUCAUUGCGUGACGGUCAUGGGAGACUUCCUCUUUGUGGCAGGUGGGGAGGUGGAACACGCGACGGGCCGCACUUGCGCAGUCAGGACUGCAUGCCGCUAUGACCCUCGCAGCAACACCUGGACAGAGAUAGCUCCCAUGAAAAACUGCCGAGAGCAUUUUGUACUUGGUACCUUGGAUGAAUACUUGUAUGCAGUGGGUGGAAGGAAUGAGCUGCGGCAGGUUUUGCCCACAGUGGAGAGGUACUGCACAAAGAAGAACAAGUGGACUUUCGUACAGUCAUUUGAUAGAUCGCUGUCUUGUCAUGCAGGAUGUAUGGCUGAUGGGCUGCUUUGGAUAUCAGGUGGAGUGACGAACACGGCUCAAUACCAGAACAGGCUUAUGGUGUAUGAUCCAAGUCAGAAUAAAUGGAUUAGCCGCAGUCCCAUGUUACAGAGGCGAGUCUAUCAUGUAAUGGCAGCUGUCAAUAGAAAGCUCUAUGUACUUGGUGGAAAUGACUUGGACUACAAUAAUGAUCGGAUUUUGGUUCGAGAAAUUGACUGCUACAACAUAGACACCGACCAGUGGGUACGCUGCCAAUUCAACUUACUCACAGGUCAAAAUGAAUCUGGUGUCGCAGUGCACAAUGAAAGAAUAUACCUAGUUGGCGGGUAUUCAAUAUGGACCAAUGAGCCACUAGCUUGUAUCCAGGUACUGGAUGUCAGUACGGAAGGUAAAGAAGAGGUGUUUUAUGGGCCAACGCUACCAUUUGCAUCCAAUGGAAUAGCAGGAUGUUUUCUUCCAGCCCCGUAUUUUACAUGCCCUAAUCUUCAGACGCUGCAAGUGCCUCAUCACAGGAUUGGUGCUGUGUGAGAAGAGGGUUUAAGCUUUCAAACCACAUGCACUAUUGAAUGGAUAUGGCUGUAUGUGGCAUCAACACUGAUUCCAAUAUCUUUGCACAGGGCAAACCUAUAUUUGCUUGCUAUGCACUUCAAUCAAGACCACAAACAGAUAAUCUGCCUUUUCAUGAAUGCAUGCUAUCAUAACUGAAAUUCUCUGCGGGAGUUGCCAUUUUAUAUAGAAAGCACUACUGCUACCGCUGUAAGCAAUCAGGUUUAGUUAUUCAGAAGAACAAAGAAAAUCCAAGUUUAAUUUGAAAAAAAAUGAUUGAAUCCGAACAGCAAAAUUGCUCAGAUUAGCCUCAUUUUUAUGAGGAAAGGGUUAAAACUUGCUGUCAAUGCUGUCAUCCAUGUUUCUAUAAAUUUCUUAAUGUACUCAUUUUUUAACUGUAGUUGGUUAGUUUAUUAAUAGCUAUCUUCUUCAUUUUGUGUCCAGCUAAUCUAUGCUUUUUCUUGUUUCUCAACCUGCUGAGCGAGGUUUUCUCACCAAACAAUAAAAAUUAUUAUGAGUGGUACUUGCAGGUGAACAUUUAACCUGUUCAGACUCCAAACCUCCCAGGCAGAAUAUUUAAAGCUUUCCCUGAAAUAAGACCAGAGAAGCAUCUUAGGAAUUGUUUUGCUCGUCCACUAUUAUCAUGAAUUUAUCACGCCCACAAGAACAGAUUCUCACCGUGAUUCAUUUAAUUUCUGAAGAUUCUUUACUGCAAAUUUAAAUAAAGUUUUGGAGGAGAUGUGCUAAACUAGCUGGCUACCCAAGCCUACGAGAAAUAAUGUGAGUGAAUCUACAAAUCAGCUGCUGGAGGAACUCCGCUGGUCAAGUGCAUCCAUCGGGAGAGGGGGUAAGGAAUGGUCGAUGUUUCAACACAAAACAUUGACCGUUACAUUCCCUUUGACUCGCUGAGUUCCUCCAGCAGAUCAUCUGUUGUUCCAGAUUUAAGCAUCUACAGUCACUUGUGUCUCCAAUGUUAGUGAAUAUUGUGUAUGUAUGUUUCUGGAUGCCAAGCAUGUGCCACCAGCAGAGGCUAAAUGGCAUCCACAAGGACUGGAGCAGGAUGUACAUUUGUUAAAAUGCUGCUCAGUCAAGAGUUAAGUACAUUUUUACAUAAUCGAUAAUAGUUGAAGAUUAUAGAAUAAGGGAAAUGAAGUGCAAUGUUCUUCAGUGCACUAAUAAAUUAUGACAUUAUAGCAGCAGGGCAAAAUACAGUACACUAAAAUUGUACCAUAUUUUUUGUGUACGAUCAUUAAAAUUACAUUGCACACAUAAUUUUACACUUUCACUUAUCCCUAAGUUGUCAUUUCAUGAUUGUAUACAUUUUCACUUGUCACUAGAGGACUGUUUGCUGUAAUUUAAAGUUUGAACUGCUCUAAUGCUCGUCUAUCUCAGUAGAAAAAUCGACAUCACCGGCUAUUGCCAUUGAUGGUUGAUCAAGGUGCAGCUUGGAGGUUCCACAUGCUGAAGAGUAGCCUGAGGUCAUCUUGAUGGAGGGGUGGAUCUUGAAAGAGGGGCGAUCAUAUAGCAGUGUGUAAAAUCAUGAGCAAAAUAAAUUGGGUGAAUGCACUCUUUUGCCCAGGCUAGGGAAAGCAAGAACUAAAGGGCAUAGGUUUAUGGUUUAAGGGUAAGGAUUAAAUAGGAACCAGAUAGAAUACUUUUUUACACAGGGAAUGGUGUGCUAAUGGGACAGUGCCCGAGGAAGUAGGUUUAAGGUGAAAAGAUGUAAUAGGAAUCUGAGGGGAAACAUUUUCACACAAAGGGUAGUGGGUGUAUGGAACAAGCUGCCAGAGGUGGUAUUUGAGGCUGGGACUUUCCCAACAUUUAAGAAACAGUUAGAUGGGUACAUGGAUAGGACAGGUUUGGAGGGAUAUGGACCAAAUGCUGGCAGGUGAGACCAGUGUAGGUGAGACAUGUUGGCCGGUGUGGGCAAGUUGGGCCGAUGGACCUGUUUCCACACUGUAUCACUCUAUGACUCUAAGUGGUUGAGGAAGGUACAAUAACAGCAUUUAACGAACAUUUGGACAAUAGACAGGUGCAGGCACAUGAGACUAGCUUGGAUGGGUUAUAUUGAUUGGCUUGGUUGGUUGGGCGAAAGGGCUAUUUCUGCGCUCCAUGACUUUAAAAAAAAAAAAGGAAUGCUGGAAAUAAUUUCCAGGUUAGGUAGCAUCUAUGGAAAGAGAAACCUUGUUAAGUUAUAGGUAGACGACCUAUUGUCAGGAAUGCAAAAGAGAGAUAAAUAGGCAGUUCUAAGUUGGAGAGGAAGUGGUGAGAGGGUUCAUCCAAUCCCUUCCUCCUGCACCCUCCUCUGGAACUUAAAACUCUCUUUCUAAUUUCUUACCAAUCGUCUUUGACUCAUAAUGUUAACUGUGUUUCUCUUUAACAAUUUAUUCCUAACUUGUGGAGUGUUUCCAACAUCUAUUUUUAUUGCAGUCUUCCACCAUCUAUAGUUUUUUUUUAAUUUUUGCAUCUGCAGGUUUUUAAAGUUUUAACAUUUUAAUAUUUCUAAUACCCAUCUGUUCUAGUUUUAUUUAAUUAUCUUCAAUGUCAAAAUACUUCUAAAUGCUCCAAUACAUCACAUCAUUUGGGCUCAUGCCUAAUCUAUUUUGAUACUUCCAAUAUAAAAACAAUAUAUUUGUCAAACAUUAUUUAACUGUCAUAAAUUCACACUGGUCUCAAUCUAUUGAAAAUGUUCUAUCGUUUUUAGAUUAUCCUCAUCAAUGGUUCCAUUCUUGCUAUUCUUAGAACAGUAGAUCUGUUUGGUAAAUCAAAUUUCACAAGUUUCUUCUAAUUCCCCUUGUUAUCCCUUAAGGAUGACACUCGUCCUUACUUUUUGGCAGCACUGUCCUUGCUAUUCAGCAGACACCUACCUGAAAAAUAUGUUCCGGAUAAUUUUUUUCCCGAUUGCAAGUUGUUUCUUGAAUCUGGCAACUUGCUUCUCAAAGGAUUUAAUUAUAACUUCUUGCAAGUGCACUCUCCAGAAGAUUUGUUGAUUCAGGAUAUCCCACUUCCUGCCCAUUACAAAUGCAAUGAUUUUAGUGUUCACAUUAAAUAUCUCAGUUUAAUUGUUGCAACGUUUCAUUUUAAUAUUUUAGUUUGUACCU